AGAAAGCAAUACCGGGACCCGAUAAUGAACUUGUUGAGCUCUUAUGGAGAAACGGGCAUGUUGUCAUGCAAAGCCAAACUAAUCGAAAACCUCAAGCAACGCUGAGACCCGAACCCCAGCCGAAACCUGUUGUCUCUGUGGUAAACUCAAGCAAUUUAAUGCAAGAAGAUGAAACUGCUUCAUGGUUCCAAUAUGCUUUCGAUUAUCCAUUAGAGAAAGAAUUGUGCUCGGAAUUACUCGAUGAAAUGCCUAUGGCAGAUGCUAUUGAUGCUAACAAACCGAACAAAGAAGUCAUCAGAGAUGCAGAGAAAAAUCCUUUCACAAUGCCUCCACCUAAGUCUCAAACUACACGUUUAGGUAAUUUUUCUCACUUCUCGAGGCCAAUGAGGGGCGAUGUGGGAGAAUCAUCAUCUAUUAGGACAGUAGGAUCGAGUGCUUGUGGGAGUAACCAAGUUCCAAAUCAAGGUGAUGUGAGCAACAAUUUGAGCAGGGGUGUAUUUGAAAAAAGGUCAAAAGGCAGAGGACCGAUGAUUUCGCUUCAAGAAGGAGUUCAUGCAAAUACAUUUGAUACUACUGUGACUUCUUCAUCCGGUGGGUCUGGUUGUAGUUUUGGGAGGACAACAGGGCAGCAGAGUACGAGCGAUCAGAACAACAAGAGAAAGGGGAGAGAUGCAGAGGAAUCUGAAUGCCAUAGCGAGGAGGCUGAAUAUGAAUCGAUUGAGGCUAAAAAGCACACUCAACGGCCUACAUCCACCAGAAAAAGCCGUGCUGCUGAAGUUCACAAUCUAUCGGAGCGGAGAAGAAGAGACAGAAUUAAUGAGAAGAUGAAAGCAUUGCAAGAACUCAUUCCUCAUUGCAACAAGUCAGACAAAGCUUCGAUGCUAGACGAGGCAAUUGAGUACUUAAAGUCGCUACAACUACAACUUCAGCUAAUGUGGAUGGGGAGCGGCAUGGCACCAAUGAUGUUUCCGGGCAUACAACAGUACAUGCCACGGGUGGGUGUAGGCAUGGGUCAUACUUCUAUUCCCCCCAUCAAUAACCCAAUGCAAUUAUCAAGAACCCCACUUGUCAAUCAUUCUAUGCCCUCAUCGGCUCCUUCGAACCAAAUGCCAAUGUGCCCAUCUCCGUCCUUGAAUCCAGCUAAUUUCCAAAAUGUCCAUCAUAUCCCAGAACCAUAUGCUCGGUACUUUGGCUUCUCCCACAUGCAACUGCCUCCCCAGGCUGUAAAUUUAUAUUCAUAUGGAUCUCAAAUGGUGCAACAGCAGAAUCAGACAGCAGCGGUUGCUGGAAGUAGUAGCUUGCCGACAUCUGGUAUUCCGAUGGAGAAUCUACAAAAUGGUCACUCUGGUUAACACAUCGUAAUUAUCGAUAAGGAACAUUUUGGAGUGUGAAGUUGAUGAUCUCCCCACUUUUAGAUGUAUCUCUCGAGGGAAUGUUAAUCUCGUAGUACUUUAUUGAGCAGAUAAAUUCAUGCAUAAUUGUAAUGAUCAAGUGUCUUUCUAUAGCUUUGUCAUCUAGGUUUUCUUCCUCAUUUCUUGACUAGUACAACCCCAUUCUUGUGUAAUUUUCAUUCAAAGAUUGCUGGAUUCAGCAACUGUAAAAAUAUUGUUUGUGAUGUACUAUCUGUUUCCUACAUAAGAGCUUUAGCGAGUUCAUAUUUCU